UAUGCCCAGAAAAUACUCUGCCCAAAAAGUGUGAAACAAAAAUAUUUAGGAAAAAUAUUGAAAGCAAUUUUUGGAAAGAAGUUGUUUUGGUGACUUUACUGCGUUUUGGGCGUGGAAAGUCCGUGCAAAGUGUAUUCCAGCGGUUAUUCCACGUGUUCCGAUCCGGCCGCCAAAAUUAUUACGCACAAUUCCCUGAGCGUGUACGGUGGCGGCGUCAUGUGCGCCUCCCCGUCCACGGCUCCCGGCUUCUUCAACCCGCGGCCGCAGUCCGGCGCCGAGCUGUCGGCCUUCGAUCUGGGCCUGUCGCGCUCCAUGACGCUGGGCGUGCCGCCGCACAGUGCCUGGCAUGAUCCCAAUUUGGGUGGCCAUCUGCACGCCUCGGCCGGACCCGGCUCGCUGGCGGGCACCAACACAAGUGGGGGCGGCAACGGUGGUGGCACCACGCCCAGCAGCGUGGCCAGCCAACAGUCGUCGGGCAUCAAGCAGGAUCUGUCCGGCUUGACCGCCUCCACGGCGAACAUCAACCAAAGCACGCAUCACGUCAUCAAGGAGGAUCUCUCCAGCUUGCCCAGCGCCAAUGGCAGCGGCUCCACGUCCGGCCAUCACACAAGCGGCGGCCAGUCCGGCCACGGCUCGGUGGAUCUGGUGCCCAUCAUCAAGGGCUCACAGUCGGCCAGCUGCCUGGGCGGCUCGGCGGGCGGCAACAACGGCGGCAGCACCACGCCCAGCUCCCAGGCCAACAGCUCCCACUCCCAGAGCAGCAACAGCGGCUCCCAGAUCGACUCCAAACAGAACAUCGAGUGCGUCGUCUGCGGCGACAAGAGCUCCGGCAAGCACUACGGACAAUUUACCUGUGAAGGCUGCAAAUCGUUCUUCAAGCGCUCCGUGCGACGCAAUCUCACAUAUUCGUGUCGGGGCAGCAGAAACUGUCCCAUAGAUCAGCAUCAUCGCAAUCAAUGCCAAUAUUGCCGCUUGAAAAAGUGCCUCAAAAUGGGCAUGCGACGCGAAGCUGUUCAGCGUGGCCGCGUGCCGCCCACACAGCCCGGCCUAGCUGGCAUGCACGGCCAGUAUCAAUUGGCCAACGGCGAUCCAAUGGGCGUGGCYGGUUUCAAUGGGCACUCGUACCUCAGUUCCUACAUCUCGCUGCUGCUGCGCGCCGAGCCGUACCCCACAUCCCGCUACGGCCAGUGCCUGCAGCCCAACAAUAUCAUGGGCAUUGACAACAUCUGCGAGCUGGCCGCACGGCUGCUCUUCUCCGCCGUCGAGUGGGCCAAGAACAUACCCUUCUUUCCGGAGCUGCAGGUUACCGAUCAGGUGGCACUGCUGCGCCUUGUCUGGUCGGAGCUGUUCGUCCUGAAUGCCAGCCAAUGCUCGAUGCCACUGCAUGUGGCGCCGCUGCUGGCUGCCGCCGGCCUGCACGCCUCGCCGAUGGCGGCGGAUCGCGUGGUUGCAUUCAUGGAUCACAUACGCAUCUUCCAGGAGCAGGUGGAGAAGCUGAAGGCGCUGCAUGUCGACUCGGCCGAAUACUCCUGCCUCAAGGCCAUUGUGCUCUUCACCACCGGUAAGUUGCUGGACAUCCUGUACAAGGAUGUGCCCGCACUGCUAACCAAAGUUUCAGCACUGCUCGGCAGGCGUGUGGAUGCUGGCAGCUCCGCUGAGUGCAGCCACGAUGACGUCAUUGCUGUGGUGCGCGAACAUCUCGAUGAGCUGAAUCGCUCAGAGUUUGAGACGCACCUGCAGCAGGCGCCCAUCCACCUGGCGACCUUCAUGAAGAGCGUGGCUGGCGUUGAGGCCGCAGUGCAGCAGGCAGAGCAGCUCCAAGCUAAGAGCGAUCCAGGUGCUGCUGCUCCUGCUGUGCCCGUUGUGCCCUCUGCCGGCAGCGCUUUCAGCAGCUGCGCCAAGUCCAGUGCCAAUGCCAAUGCCAAUGCCAAUGCCCAUGCUGAAGUCGAUCUGCUUACCGCGCUGUAUGCCAGCUCCAACGGCAACGCCGGCGGUGGCAGCGGCGGCAGCAGUGGCGAUUCGAGCGGCAACAGCAGUGGCCUGGGCGCCUCGCUGCCCACCCAGCCCUCCCACCACAGCGCCUCAUCCACACACAAUGCCAGUGCCAAUGCCUCACCCACUGCUUCCGCAUCCGCAUCCGCUGUUGCCCCCGCCACGAGCAGCUCGCUGGCUGGAGCAUAUCAGACGCCGGCGGGCAUGUUCUAUCAGACGCCGCCGCGCAGCGCCUUCGGCUCGGCCUUUGAUAUGUUCCAUCACAGCACGCCGUUCGGCGUUAGUCAUGCGGCGGCGGCAGCGGCUGCAGCGGCUGCUCACAGCGGCAGCGGCGCCAGCUUCGGCAGUCCCAGCUAUAGAUAUUCGCCAUACAGCCUAGCGGGCAGUAGAUGGCAGCUGUAGAUCCCGCCUCCCUAG